CAAAGUUACAAAACCAGCCAGGGAGGGCCCAAAUCAACAAAGUUAUCUUAAGUUCUUAACAAAUAAAAUGGAGUGCCCUGUGCCCAAAUAUUUAUAAUUUUAUACCUGAUUCCUGAACCUCAGAACCUGAUACAGUGAGGUGAGCAGUUGAGACUUGAGAGAGGCGGAGAGCAGAGAAUCAGAGAGAGGCUGAGGCGGUCCAGCUGGAGACUGGAGACUAGAGAGAGGCGGAGAGCACAGACUAGAGUGAAAGUUUCAGGAUAUACACUCCUUGCCUCUGAACUAGCUAGCCUGUGUUUUGUGGCAGUGAACAUUGUUUAGAUUUUGCUGGUGGAAAUGCAAGAUCCAAGGAUGCCACAGUCCGAGGAAAAUUCAAAUCCUAAGUUACGGAAGAAGAAAAUCUCAACCCAAAACACUUCUCCCUUUCAUUUACAGGGGAAUGAUGUCAGAGAAGUUCAAGGGGUACAAGGGCCUUUGUCAUUGAAAACUCAGAAGGCCUCCAAGAGAAACUUUAAGAAUGAGGUUUUGCCAUCAUUCCAGCAAUCGGAGAGAUCAAACUCUGAUUCAUUGCCUGAUUCUUCUGCAUCUGGAAGUGAGUAUCGAGCAUUAAGGCGGAAGUAUUUGCUGCUGGAGGAAGAGAGCUUUGUGUUGGGGAGAGAGCUGAAAGAGAUGGAAGAUGAGGUAAAGACUCUUGAAGAUGAGAAGCUUGGACUGUUGGACCAGCUUGUUGUAUUAGAAGGCUUGAUUGAUCCUUCAGAUAUGCAGUCCCAGGGGUUGCAUUUACCUUAACUCCUAAUUUCUUUACAUCAUUAUGGGCUUUUGUGAUUGUCGAGUUUCUUAACUCUGUUAUGAACACAUGAUCUUCAAAGAUAAAAGAGUUGGUCAACGGUUGACCCUGUCUAUAAUUAGUUGCAUGUCUGUAAUUAGUGGUGUUUCUCCGAUGCUCGAAUACUUCCAAUGCAUCAGAGUUGUAAGUGGAUAGUGCAAUCAACGUUGUGGGACGUAUACUGCAGCCUAUCAAGUUUAUUGUACAAAUUUACUGGUAUUAACUGAAGUUUAAAUUAAAAUAUUAAGGACAUUUUGUGUA